AUGGGCGAUCAUGCGAAGGAUUCUGUGCCUCCCGACUACGAGCAAGCUCGAGCGCGGUUGGACAAUCCUGGUCUGGGCAGCAAGAUGAAGAAGGAACUGACCGUUGUUAUCAAGCUCGGAACCUCGUCCAUUGUCGACGAGGUGACACACGAACCGCUGCUUUCCACUCUCUCCACCAUCGUCGAGACGGCAGUCAGUCUUCGUCAUGAUGGCCACCGCGUCGUCAUUUGCUCCUCCGGGGCCAUUGGCAUGGCUCUGCGACAGAUGAAUCUGGAGCGCCGGCCGAAGCACCUCCCACAAGUCCAGGCUCUCGCGGCGAUAGGACAAUGCAAGCUCAUGGCCAUGUGGGAUCAGCUCUUCAUGCACAUGCGUCAGCCUKUGGCCCAGAUCUUGUUGACGAGGAAUGACAUUGCAGACCGCACGCAGUAUCUCAAUGCUCAAAACACCUUCACGGAACUACUCAACAUGGGCGUUAUCCCGAUUGUCAACGAAAACGACACACUCUCCGUGCAGGAGAUCAAAUUCGGCGACAACGACACACUCAGUGCCAUCACUGCGGGCAUGGUUCACGCAGACUAUCUCUUCCUCAUGACGGACGUGGACUGCCUGUACGACAAGAACCCUAGAACACACCCCGACGCCAAGGCGAUUGAGGUGGUGGAAGAGAUUGCAGACCUCGUGGCGGAUACUGCCGGCGCCGGUAGCUCGCUUGGAACAGGUGGUAUGAGUACAAAGAUUGUAGCCGCGAGGCUUGCAACCGCUGCGGGCGUGACUACUGUCAUAACGAGAAGCAGCAAACCCGGAAACAUCAGCGCCAUUGUGAGAUAUGUGGAAGCCCUAAAGCGUGCUGCUCGGAGUCUAGAAGGAAGUGCAGAGCUACCGCCGAAUGAGGCGGCCGAAGAACUCCAGCAUCAAAAGACUGCUGUUCUCAACGGCACGGCGGACCUUCACUUGGACGAGCCUAUCAUCGCCCCACUCCACACUCGCUUUCUCCCUGACCUCCAUCCUAUUCGAGAUCGCUACUUCUGGCUACUACAUGGCCUCACGACUCAUGGAAGUGUAUAUGUUGACCCAGGCGCAUAUGCCGCGCUCGUUGCCAAAACCGGUUUACUGCCGGCCGGUGUUGUUGACGUUGAGGGACACUUUGGASAACAUGAGUGUGUCUCGAUCAAGGUGCUCCCUUCCCGCCGCGCAUCAUUAAGCGAAGCCGAGGACGUUGGCAAAAUGAUCGUAAACUAUUCCGCCAUUGAGAUUAAGCGGAUUCGCGGUGUGAAGAGCAACCAGAUCUCAGAGAUCAUAGGUUACGCGGACUCGGAGUACGUUGCUGUACACGAGAGCAUUGCACUGUUCAAGCGGGAAAUAAGCCGGCCUGUGUCGCCCUCGUUGUGUGAUAAACGRCACAGUAUGGGCAACAUCCGAAGUGUCGUGGAUGCGUGA